UACCAAUGCACAGGACACGUAAAGAGACCAGAGCAGUCGUUUAAUUCAACCAUGUUACAUUUAUAUGACGGAAUUAUCCGACUAAUCACCGUUUCGGCGGCCUUUAUGUCUUUGUACGUAAACCCUGGAUUCGCCGGUAAAAUGAAAAUAGUUGAAGAGCCAAACACAUUUGGGCUGAACAAUCCUUUUUUAGGUCAGGGAAGCCCUAGACUGCAGCCUAAAGCGACCCCAUCACCAGUAUCUGGCCCAGUCCAUCUUCAUCGUCUUGCUGGAAAGUGCUUCAGUUUAACAGAGUCAACGUAUAAAUAUGAUUUCUGUCCAUUCCACAACAUUACUCAACAUGAGCAGUCGUUUAGGUGGAACGCCUACAGCGGGAUAUUGGGAAUCUGGCAGGAGUGGGAAAUUUCCAACAAUACUUUCACAGGCAUGUGGAUGAGAGACGGUGAUGCUUGCGGGACCAGAAACAGAGAAACAAAGGUGAUCCUGGUCUGCAGCCCCAGCAGCAAGCUUGUUCAGGUCUCUGAGCCCAGUACCUGUGUGUACUCGCUAACCUUUGAGACACCACUUGUUUGCCACCCACAUUCUCUUUUAGUGUACCCAACCCUGAAAGAGAAGCUACAAAAGAAGUGGGAUGAAGCAGCGCAGGCUCUCUACGAGGGUCUUGUUACAGAGCAGGGGUACAACAAUCUCCUGAGAGAUAUUUUUCAGGAUGCUGGACUCCUGAAGAGCCACAAAGUAAAAGUUGUUUUGCCAGAGACUGAAGCAGAUUCAGAAAAUUACAGCUCUUUGCAGAAAUGUAAAGAAGGCUAUCAAAAACAGAGAAAAGAGAUUGAGAGGUUGCAAGCACUUCUCGCUCAGCACAAUAGUCCUUUUGAUUCACAGCCAGAUGACAAAAAAGGUACAGUGAGCGUGACGGUUAAGGAUCACCGCUUGAGAGGAGACAACGGCAUCGUUGAUGUGCAGUGAAUACGACGGCUGACAGAGGCUGCGAGACGAUGUGAUCAUCGAGCUUCAGGGGAUUGCAGCUUAUAUUUAUCAAAUGUGAAAAAUGUCUUUUUUACACAUUCCUUUUUCUUGCUGGCAUCACACACCAGCCACUUUACACAAUGUAUUUUUAUUAAAAUGUAUGUCACAAAAGAAUGAUGAAAUGCCAUAAAAUGUUACCUAAAUAGUUGU